CCUAAUUUAUAUUUCACUCUGGUUUGGUUUUACUCACCGACCCUCACCGAGUUCCGUCCCAAAACCACGCCCAAUAUUUCUAGGGAAUCGACUUUUGUUGGGUUUGAGUUCCCGUCGGCCGAUAUGGAAACUAGAAAACUCCAAGUGCAGCAGCUGCUGAAAGACAAAAGAUUCUGGUUCGCCUCUUUCCUCAUUACCUGGGCCGCUGCUCUACAGGGGCAUAUGAUGUGGCUGCAAAGGCAAGAUUCCUUCAAGCAGAAGUUUGGGAACGAUAAUCAGCAAGUGGAUUCCGACGAAGCUGCCCAGAAU